CCGUUCAAACCUGUGUGGCUGUAGACGCGGUUCACUGGAGUUCAGUAAGAGAACUAAUCUUGUACCGUGAACUGAUCGGGGUGCGCUGUUGGACUGCAGGUUGUGAGCAGCGCCGCUUCACCAGCAGCGAGGACAGCAAUGGCUGCGCCAGCUAUACAGCAGCCUAACGUUAGUUAUCUCCUGGCAAAUCUAAAGGCAGACUGGACCAACAAGCCUCUUCUUCAGCGAUGCCAGGAGUUGGUGAAAGUGAUAGAUGACUAUCCUGCUAAGGAGUUGCAUCUCAUCUUUCCCUGGCUGGUUGAGAGCAUCUUUGGCAGCCUGGAUGGGGUCAUUGUCGGCUGGAAUCUGCGAUUUCUGCAUACUCGCAUGAAUGAGUACAACACAGUCAUGGAUUUCCUUGACCCAAGCGGCCCCAUGAUGAAGCUUGUGUACAAGCUGCAGGCAGAGGACUACAAAUAUGAGAUCCCAAUUAGUUAUCUUCCGGGUCCUGUGAAAGCAUCCAUUCAGGAGGGUGUUCUUCCAGAUUGCCCCCUAUUUCACAACAAACUUCAGUUUCCCAUGUCAGGCCUGCUAACACUCAAUCCCUUUGAAUACUACAUGUUCAACUUUGCCUCCAGUCUCAUUGUACCAAAGACUUACCCUCCUGGCCAGCAUGGGAGCUGUUCAGAUAGUGCUUACUUUGUGCUUGUUGAUGCCUACCUCAAGCACUUCCUACCCACAGAGGGAAACGUGCCCCCAUCUCCUUUCUCUGAUCCCAGAGGAUCUGUGGCCCCUCCUGCUCCAAGGUCUCCCUCUGUGCCUUAUGUUGGUUAUGGUGUCCACAGCACCAGUCUACUGAAGCGUCACAUUUCUCAUCAGCCCUCAGUCAAUGCUGACCCUGCUGCUCAGGAGAUUUGGAGAUCUGAAACCCUUUUGCAGGUGUUUGUGGAGAUGUGGCUUCAUCACUACUCUCUGGAGAUGUACCAGAAGCUACAGUCCCCUCAGGUGAAGCUGGCGUUGCUGCAGUACCGCCUCAAUAUGUCCAGCAUGCUGUGCCAACCCCCUGCCCCACCAGGCUCUGGGACCCUCCACACAUACCAAGAACCCUUCAGCCCAACAGAAGAGCACGUACUGGUGGUCCGUCUGCUCGUCAAACACCUGCACGCCUUCUCCAACAGCUUGAAACAGGAGCAGGCCUCCUCUCCUUCCACUCACUCUCAUGCCAGUCCCCUCGAAGAGUUCAAGAGGGUGGUAAUACAGAGGUUUGUUCAGCAGAAGCUGUAUGUCUUCCUGCAGCAUUGCUUUGGUCACUGGCCUCUGGAUGCCUCUUUCAGAGCAGUAUUGGAAACAUGGCUGAGUUACAUCCAGCCCUGGAGGUACACAGGAGAGAAAAACAAUCCCCAGACAGAUGUCCAAAACAGAACUGUCCCUGACAAAUGGGCUUCCUUUGUUCAAGAGAAUCUGCUCAUGUACACAAAGCUCUUUCAGGGUUUCCUCAAUCGAGCUAUGCGCACAGAUCUUGUCAAUGCCAAAAACGCACUGAUGGUCUUCAGGGUAGCCAAAGUCUUUGCCCAGCCAAACUUAUCAGAAAUGAUCCACAAAGGAGAGCAGUUAUUUCUCGAGCCAGAGCAUGUCCUUCACCACCGGCAACCACGGGUCUUCCUCACACCUGCACACAGUGGCAGCUUCCUAUCCUCCCGCCAGCCUGCAGGGACAGAUGCCGUGUUUAAAGUCAAAAGUCAUGUGUAUGGCCUGGAAGGGCAGGAUUGCCAGUACAAGCAGAUGUUUGGCAGUGAGCUGCGUGCAGUGGUUUUAAAGCUGAUCCAGAUCAUAGCCCAGGCCCGUCAGACAGCCAAGCGAAUAUCGGAUCACUCUGCUGAAGCGGCUGCAAACAACUCAUUCCUCUCAUGGUUUAGCGUGGGCUCCUCUGAUCCCAGCUACACCUUUAGUGGAGGAGAGGCUGAUGACAUGGGAGAAUGUGUUAAAAAGACUCAUGAGUUCUUGGACAAAGCCCUGGACUACCUGUGUCAAAUAUUUCGGCUGAAUUCAGGGCAGCUGUCUCAGUUGAUGGCAAAUCUGGCAUCUACAGAAGAUGAUGGAGGGUUCAAGCAGCUUCCUGAUUGCAUCCAGAGUGAAAAUGGCCUUGUGCUCACAGAUUUGGGCCGGAUGCAGAUCAUAAAUGGUCUUCGCCGAUUUGAGAUCGAAUAUCGAGGAGAUCCAGAACUUCAGCCAAUUAGAAGCUAUGAAAAUGCUCUUUUGGUCCGGCUACUGUUCAAAGUUUCCUCCUUUAUUAAUGAUAGGUGGGGAGAUCACAUGGAGGCGCUGUGCUCUCGGCAGGAUUUGCUGGGUCGAGUUGGUAGACAUUACUUAACCAGUUCUUCAGCUAUUGUGGAGCAGCGACGAAGGAGUCCUGCGACACGGCAAGCAAGAGGGUGUCCCCAGCGGGCACGUCUCAGUCUGCGAGGUCUAGCCAGCUACCGCACUCUCAUCCUGCUGCUACUACUCUACCUGCUCUUUGCACUACUCUCAUUUGGUCUUCUCUCAAGCACUGCCCUCGUACUGGUCAUUAGCCUUGUUUAUGAGCUGCUUUUGAUUGUGUUUGCUGAUAAACUCAAAGCUCAUUAACUGUCCAAUGAAACAUUUUUUGUCCUUUUUUUAAUUUUGUAAAUAUGAAGGAGUGUCUCUUUUACAAGCGUUUGCAUUGAGAGGAUGAGUAUUUAUUGUGUCAAAGACAGGGAUUUGAGGCUUUCAUGUUUUUUUAAUUGGAGGGAAAAUUCACUUGUUUAACUCAGUUUCUGUUAGUAAAUUUUUAACUAUGAUGACCAAAUCCAGAUGUUCUUGUGUGAUGCUACAUUUGUAAAUCUUACUGUCCAUGUAAGGUACACUUGCAUGUAAGGAUGUUCAAAUGCGUAAUUUUUUUCAACAUUUCAGUAUUAACAAAUACCUAAUGAAUGUCCUGUUUGUUGAAUUUUGGAUAUAAACUGAUUUCAGUAUAAA